GCUCGCGUUGCUGCAAAGCCGCCGCUCCGCAGAGCGGAGUGUGUCCCAGCCGGCUCGCCGUGCGGGGAGGCGGGCCGGGGGGGCCGGCUGAGAUGGGAGAGAGCAUGUCCAAGAGACUGAAGCUGCAGCUGGGCGGCGAGGCGGAGAUGGAGGAGCGGGCUUUUGCCAACCCCUACCCCGACUACCAGCCCCACGGAGCCGCGGCAGCCCCCAGCGCGGCGGACGCCCACCGGGACAGGGCGCUGCAGCCCCCGGCGGAGGAGGACUCCCUGCCGUUCGGCGCCGAUGGGAAGGUCAAUGCUCGGUUCUCUAAACGGAUCCAGGCUAAAAUUAAAGACCUUCUGCAACAAAUGGAGGAAGGGCUGAAGACGGCAGAUCCACAUGACUGCUCUGCCUAUACUGGCUGGACUGGUAUCGCCCUCCUUUAUCUGCAACUGUACCGCGUCACGAAAAACCAGAGCCAUUUGCAGCGAUCUCUUGAUUAUGUGAAGAGAAUCCUUCGCAAUUUGAACGGCAGAAGAGUUACUUUCCUCUGUGGUGAUGCUGGGCCAUUGGCAGUGGGUGCAGUGGUUUACCACAAACUGAAAAACGACAGUGAAUCUAAAGAAUGUGUUGCCAAGUUGUUGCAACUCCAAAGGACAGUCAUAAGCACAGAGGCUGAACUUCCAGAUGAGCUGCUUUAUGGCAGAGCAGGUUACCUGUAUGCCUUGCUGUACCUGAAUACUGAAAUUGGUCCAGACACUGUCCCACAGUCUGUUAUCAAAGAGGUGAUAGAUGCUAUUAUUGAAUCGGGGAAAAACUUUUCAAAGGAGGAGCGCAAAACAGACCGCUGCCCUCUGCUGUACCAGUGGCACAGGAAGCAGUAUGUUGGAGCAGCCCAUGGAGUGGCUGGGAUCUAUUACAUGCUCAUGCAGCCAAUUGCAAACGUGGACCAGGAGACCCUGGCAGAGCUGGUGAAGCCAAGCAUCGACUACGUGCGUCAUAAAAAAUUCCGAUCUGGGAAUUACCCGUCAUCGCUGAGCAACGAGACUGACAGACUGGUCCACUGGUGCCACGGUGCCCCUGGAGUCAUCCACAUGCUCAUGCAAGCUUAUAAGGUUUUUAAAGAGGAUAAAUACUUGAAAGAUGCAAUGGAGUGUAGCGAUGUCAUCUGGCAGAGAGGUUUAUUGAGGAAAGGAUACGGGAUCUGCCAUGGUACUGCUGGCAAUGGCUACUCCUUCUUGUCUCUCUAUAACCUAACUCAGGACAAAAAGUACCUCUACCGAGCUUGCAAGUUUGCUGAAUGGUGUUUGGAGUAUGGUGCACAUGGAUGUCGUAUUCCUGACCGACCUUAUUCUCUCUUUGAAGGCAUGGCUGGAGCUAUUCACUUCCUCUCGGAUAUUUCAGUACCGGAGACUUCCCAGUUUCCAGCGUUUGAACUUGGACCUCAGAGGAGGGAAAACAAAGUGGAACAGGACAGCUAAAAAAAACGUCAUUUUGAAAGAAAACGGAUGCCGAAAGAGAUGAGACUGUUUAGUGCCUCUGAUACUGAACCAACUCAGUGCUGAACCGACAGAUGGCUAAACCCCUUUUCUCACCUCUCCCGCCCCAAAGGACCAUGAAGUCAUUAGAGCAUGAGCAGGAGAAGCCACAUUUAAGUUCUGUUGAAGUGACACCCCUUCAGAUGUAGAACAAGAGAAGUCAAGUUUUGAACUUUCUCUCUUCUGUUGUAUUUGUCUCCUCCAGGUCUUUGACACGCUCUGCACGUUUAUUGGUGUUGUGUGUUGAUUCGAGUCUUUCUGUUGUUAGCAAAAAGCUGGUCUCUGUGUGAA